ACAUCCUGAUAGGCUCCACCAGAGCAGCGGCGCGACAUCCUGCCCACUAAGAGCGGCUUAUUGCUGCUGUAGUUACCUACUCAUCACUGUCCUGCUCACAACUGUGACACUCAACUUGACCUGAUGUAAUCCUCAAAGUCAUUUUUGCUUCGGACGACGAGGUCUCGACUCAUCACUUCAUCUCUCCGCGUCCUUGGGAGCGCUCAUCCACAGCGCGCCCAGAAGAAGUGCAUGUUGCGGCGAGAAGGCGUCUGUGGGAGGACUCUGCGAAUGACAAGCUGCUCACUGCGAGGUGCAGAGAGGCGAUAAAGCCCGCACGGAGAAGAAGCUCAAGCGACGAAGUACCGGUUUGUUUAUCCCGAACCGGAGCACAGAGGAGCGCCGCUGCGGUUUUUGAGUUUUUACGCACAAGUGAAAAAGAGCGAAGUGGUCCUUACUGGAGGCGUCCGUCUGCCACCAACAUGUCCGCGGCAACAGCUUCCAUAGCAGAUGUGUCCAAAACUGAUUUUACAAACAGAGAUGACAGCCGGAGAAACUCGGGUCAUCCUCUGACUCAGUGCACACCCAUCCCCCUUCCAGCCCUGGGCACCCAAAAGAUCAUCCAGGGCAAUGGCACUAAUGUGGGCACAGUGAUUUCCCUACAGUGCCCAGCCAAACACAAACUGGUGGGCAGUGAGGUGAAAUGCGUCAUGGACACCAACAGCACCCACUGGGUGGGGGAGACCUACUGUAAACCUAUGUCUCCCUAUGAGGACUAUGGUUUCCGUGUGGCUGUCCUGGCAUCCAUCGUGAGCUCAGCUAUAAUCUUUUUCAUGUCUGUGGCCUUCAUCACCUGCUGUUUGCUCGACUGCAUCAAAGAGGACAAAAGGAAAAAGCAGGAGAGAGAGUCAGAUUACUGGCAAUGGGAGGAGCAGGCCCAGCAUCACGAGAGCAGGUCUCGCUACAGUCGAAACAACAACAACAACAACGCCCAGGAGAAGCCGCUUUCUCUGUGGGACGGCGGUAACCCAGCCCUGUGUGACAACAUGCGACCCUACAGAUGUCAGCAGCAGCACGCCUACGGUCCUGCCUGCACCUUCAGCUCCACACCUCCACUCGCCCCUCUUCCUGGACACGACUAUGACCAGCCUCUCUUAGCCCAAAACACAGAGUCUGGUCCUCCCCAGUACCCUCGACCUCCAAGGUCCCCCCGUGAAACCACGAGCUCAGGCCUGGUCCAGAUCUCGGCUGUGGGAUCUGGUUUGAUGUUGCAGUGUGGAGAACAUCAGAGCACUUUAUCAGGAGGGAACCCAUCUACCACUGGCGAGUCCAGCAUAAGGAACAUGAACGCAAACAGGAAUGUGAAUCUCAAAGAGUUUUCCAUAAGGAUUAUAUCAGUGUGAGGACAGACAGGACGCGAAUAGCUUCAGUUAAGACCCUGUUUGCUGGACAGAUCUGUACAACAUUGUUAACUCUGUUGAUUUGGACCAUCUACAUUGUUAAAACGAUGCAGUGCUACACAGUGUAAAGGCUCGAUAGACAAACUGAUCCAACAGACUUACUGUAUGUGCCUUUUGUAAACUGUGAUGCUGCACUGCCCUCUGUCUGAACAGGGGAGCCAUUACACUUCCAGGACGCCAGCCUUGACGUGGAUGACCACCUCUCGUAAGUCAGCGGUCAAGAGAGUUGUGCUGUUGAGGUUGUUACACUUGUAUAGUUUACAAUACAUUGUGGACAGGCGAGGACGUUGUCUGAUAUUCUACCUUUGCUUGACAAGCAGAGCAGCUGGAAAACAUUGACCAACAUGUAAAUAUUAACUUUAAGGAAUCUAAAUAAAGGACAGACUUCUACGCA